AUUUCCUGAAAACGCACACAUAUGAAUGAUUUGUACAUGUUGUAUGUGGGUAUGCAUUUGAGGAUGCAAGAUCUUUUCUGAAGAAAUAUAAACAGGUGAUGAACAUUUAGCAAAAGGUCAACUUCAACCAAUGGAAACGGAAUGUAAGGUGCUUAUUGGGAGGUCUUUCUCCCCGUCAGUAAACUAUUUUACUUCAACAGAAAGAACUACACUUCACGUCUUCCUACAUAAGCUCAAUUCUGAAGAACUCCGUAAGCUACUUGAAGCCUUUAAAUUAAGAUUAUUAAUAUCUGAUGAAUUCUAUUGUUUCCUUCAUGAAUUUUACUUACGGGAAAGUGAUAAAAAGAGCGAAAUGUUUGACUUAAUCUCGUCCCACUUGUCACAGAGAUGCAAGUUAGGACUAAAUUACGUUGUAUUGGCAUUGUCGAAAUCUAAAUGUAAAAAUUUUGCAGAGAAGUUAUACAAUUUCCGUCUCAUGAUUGAUCUGUUGUAUAGACAAGAAGUUGUUCAUAGAAGAAAUAUAUCUAACAGGAAGAAAAUUGAAGUCUUCUUUGAAUCAACGAAAAGAAGAAUUCAGAAUAUGAACUUCUUAAAUUCAGUCAAUCGUCUUAAGCAACUCUCAGACAAAAUAAGCCAAGAAAUAUAUACCAGUAUUUUUCACUGGGAAGAGAAGAUCAUCAGGGAAACAUGCGAUAAAUAUGUUGUUUUGUUAGCUUUAACAACUGUCUCGCAGGUUAACAAAUCCAGUGAAAUUAAUGCGGAAGACGAAUCCUUUCAGAAUAUGGAAGCCAUCAUUUCUAUGACAUCAUGUCCGGACCUAUCCCGAUGCAUGCUGUACAGUAGAAGAGCCGUUGUUUUAGCAUUAGCAAACAGAAAAGAAAAGGGUGAGGACUUAGUAAGAGAAGCUCUGAUUUGUGCAGAUAGAGUUUCCGGUUAUUUGGAAAUAGUUGACUUGCAUUAUAAGAUAGUUCUGUUUCACAGCGCUUGGUUUGAAUACGACCCACAAAUCAUAACAAACCGGAUAGAUCACCAUACUCAAAUUGCGCUACAAAUUCUAGAAAACCAGCCGGAAGACGUUAGAGUCUUUUGGACCCGAAGGUUUAUGUUUCGUUUACUUUUCUGUUUCUUGGGAUUAGGAAUGCGUUGUCGCUUUAUUGAAAACUUUAAUUGUCCCUCUUAUAUACUACAAGAAGCAGAAAGACUACUUGACAAAUAUGAUUCAUCGCAAGCUGAGUACCGCCUGCAGAUGUAUUUUUCUAUUGCUAAAUCCCGAUUGUGGCAUUUGAAAGGCGACAAUAACAUGUCCUUAAAACACCUGCCUAGAGCAAAAACGAUAGCAGAAAAAGGGAGAUAUAGUGAACUAGAAACUAUUCAAUAUGCAGAAGAAACACUACGUUUGCGCAUUGUUAAGAGAUAUAUAAACAAUGACGUGGGAGCUGUCUAUUUAACAGAACCAAUUCAACUUCCACCUUCUUAUUGCCUUCCACAAUCGACCAUCCCCAAUGAUCGUCAAAUAUGCCUAACAUCUCCGCCAAGUCCUUCCCUUCCUAUCCCAAUGAUGGGUCCUCAAAAUGUAGCACAAGGAGUGACGUCCGUUUCAUAUAUUCAAGAAGAUACUGAAAAACCGCGUAGGUCUCAUGACUUUUCAAAGGAGGCUAUUCAUAUCAAGUCAUCCAAACGUAAUAACUCAAAUGUGUGAAAUUAUUUAAAACUGAAUGAUUUCUUGUUCCUAACAUGUUGGAAUGAUAUUUUGAACGAUUUCUUGUUCUUAACAUGUUGGAAUGAUGUUUUUUUUUAUUUUUUACUUUUGCCGGAUAUGGUACUCUUCGAUGUUUUACAGAUUUGAAGACUCUAAACAUUUAGCAAAAAGUAUUCAAGAGUUUGAACAAAAAUUUGGAUCUAUCUAAAAAAAACGUUUUAUAUUACAAACUACAGAAAUAAAGAUCCAGAUAAAAAGAAGAAGAACAACUGUAAAAUAAUUAUGUUCAUAACGAAAAAUAUAGACUUAACAAAACUGUUUCUUUGUUUAACAUGGCAAAUUUAGUAAAAAAAUUGUUGGUUUAUUAAAUAGAAAUCAGUUUUAAAGAAGGGUAGUCAUUUUUAUAAAAACAAGAAGAGACGAUGACGUCACGUGAGCCUUGUUAUACAUGGGUAUUGCUAAAACGUGGAACGGAAAACAAAAAAAAUGAUGUCUCACUUUUCUUUUGUUUCCUUAUAUACACCUAGUUCUUUAUCUGUAAAUUAUACAAUUUAAAUCAAUCGCGUUUCAAAAAUCCCCCUAAAAUUAAAACAAAAACGAAUUUAUUAAUGACUCCAUACCUGAAUAA